GCGUAGUCCAACAAAGGGAAGAAGGGCAAGGGGUGAAUUUCGUCAGGUAUCCUGUGUUACAUUUCCUGUCUUACAUCAAUCCGUGACCAUGCCGGUAAUCGCUACAAUUUCACGACUAUCGCUAUUCGUACUUUUCGCAAUUUCAAUCUCCAUUGCCGAAGAGGAUGUUGAAAUUAAAUUAGAUAUUUCAAAGACGAUCGUUGGCAGGGCAAAGAAUCCUGGAAUAGUUGGAAGAUUGACACAGUCUGGCUUUGAUCACUUACUGAAUAGUAUUCUAGCUGAACUUGGCGGUGAAGUUGAAGGUGAACCAUUGCCAGCAUAUAAUGGCACGUCAAAACUUGUGGUCGGAACCGUGAAAUACCAAGUAGAUGGAGUGAAGUUUCUAGAAUUCGAUACCUCAUCAGCUGAAAUCUACUCAAUUCCAGGCAAAGGUCUUAUGUUGAAUAUAACAGAUGCACAUGCUACAGUGGUUGGUAACUGGUCGUAUUCUUAUAGAGCGUUCUUUUUUACUGUAUCAGAUAUCGGGACAUUUUAUAUUGUCAUCCGGGGAUUGACAUUUGAACUUGAAGUGUUGAUCGGUAGUGAUGAACUUGGGCAGCCAACAUUGGAUACAGGGGCAUGUCUAGCCACACUGGACAGUCUUGACAUUGAACUUACAGGAGGAAAAAGUUGGUUGUACAGCCUAUUUUCUGGAAGCAUUAGAUCAUCACUUGAAAACGACAUUAAAGAAAAGGCAUGUGCUGAAGUCGAGGGUUUUGUUCAGAAUUUUGGGGUUCAAUUAAGGGAACAAAUGCUGAAUGCACCUGUUAUCCCAGGAAUAGCAGAUAUGGCAUUUGGCUUUGUAAACCCACCUUACUUUACAGACAAUUACGUAGAUGUGAGUGUAGAGGGACAAAUCUAUGUUGAUGAACCCAGUGGCAAUUUACCCUUCGCCGCCACACCGAUGAAUAGAACUGACAUAUCGACACGAAUGACGUACAUAUGGAUCAGUGAUUACGUAUUCAACUCACUGGGAUAUUCAUUGUACAAAUCGGGAACACUAAAGUAUACAUUGCAGCCAUUCAAUGUUGAUCUAGUUCCAGCCGACUCAGUCUUGCAUGAAAUACUUCCGCUUGAGGCGUACGCUCUACGAAGAACUUUCCCAAAGGUAUUCGAAGAUUUCCCAGAAAGCUCGAUCCAACUUUCUUUUGAAAUGCCAGCACCACCUAAGUUCCAAUCCUCGAAGAGAGGUAUUUUUUUGACAGUCCCAGGGAUGGUGUCAUUAUUAGCCGUCAAUGGUCACGAUAAUGAAACAAUAACAAAUCAUAUUUUAUCAGUUCUAGGGACGCUGGAAUUUUUGUUGGUGCCAAACAUGGAAGGAGAUCACUUAUAUUCACAUGCAACACUGACUGGAUUCAAGAUGGACCUAGACAGCUCCAUUAUUGAUGUUCAGGAGUGGCAACUUGAGGCAUUGGAACGUGCAAUUCGCGUCAUACUUGAGGAUGCCGGCAUGCCCUGGCUUAACAGAGCUUUGAAACAUGGAUCGCAUUUUCCAGUAAUUGGGCCUCAAUGGAACUACAAGAAUUCUAACGUCACAACUCACGAGGGAUACAUACUGGUUGAAGCCGAUUAUGGAAUUUUGGAAGAAACCAAAAAUGUGACUUCUGUCGAUACUAAAGCGAUUUAAAUCCAGAAUGAGGACUUCACCAUCGAUCAUUGAGAAGUGAAUGACAACAAUGUGCAGCACGAUAAGGAUCCCUAACUAUCCAGAACAAAGCGCACACAAUACUUUCCAAGUUGAAGCGAUUAUUUUAAACUUUUCAUGCUUGCUCUUGAGAAUUGGGAUUUAAAUUAAAUUACUAAUAAUGAAAACAUUUGCUUUUUUACAUUACAAUACAACAAAAUGCAAAUCAGUUUCAUGCGUUAGAUUACAAAAUAUAAUUUUGCUGUGCUUUAUUUCUAGAAGA